AUGAAGUCACUGAGGCGCUCCCUCAACAACAACGGACACUCUCACCCUCACGGCGGCCAAGGCGCUCCCAACGUCCCUCCCCCGCCCCACAUCGCCCACGGUGCCAUGUCCCCUCCAGGCUCUGCCGGAGGAGGCGCCCCCGUCGCUAGCUUUGCGAACCCUUUAUCUCGCCCUACGGAGAAGGUAGCCCCGCCCCAAAAGGUCAUCAAGGCUCUCAAGUCACAUCGCAGUACAAACCCUCAGGAGCUGUCCUAUAACAAAGGGCACUUCUGUGAACCAGACCCUCUCACUGGAUCGCGCGGCCUGGUUCCCAAGGAGGACUUUGAGGAGUUUAGCAAGGGCGGAAGGCCACAGGGCGGAGGUCAUCAGGCGACCCCCAGCGGCGACCAUUCGCGCUCCAUGUCCCAGGGUGGGCAGGCUCGGCAUGGCGACCGGUCAUCACCAACAACUCCUAUCGGUGCCCCGAACUCGGCGCCUACGACGCCUGGCAAGAAGCCCACUCAACCUCUUUAUGCCAUUGUGCAGUAUGACUUCCACGCUGAGCGCCCGGACGAGCUCGAGGCCAAGGCUGGAGAACCCAUCGUGGUCAUUGCUCAGAGCAACCACGAGUGGUUCGUUGCGAAGCCUAUCGGCCGCCUGGGAGGACCCGGCCUCAUCCCCGUGACAUUCGUGGAGAUUCGCGACCCUCUCACUGGCCGUGCGCUCGACCAGUUCCCGUCCACCAUUCCUCAGGUUGAGGAGUGGAAGAAGGCUACGGCCGAGUACAAGGCUGCCGCCAUCCCUCUGGGACGACUGGACCUGCCUGCGAACCACCACGUUCCCAACUCGCCCUAUGCGCCGCCCCCGAACUCGGCUGGAUCUCAGAAGUCGAACGCCCGCACGAGCUCGCCCACGCCGGCAGCUGCUGCUGUGGCUAGUGCGCCUCGAAGCUCCGGCUCCCGAGAACACCAGAGGAAUGCUUCCCAGGCAAACUCUGUGGGACAGGGCUCCGCGCAACGAGGGUACAAGCCGGAGCAGGACCAGAUGCUUCCUCCCGGCGAGCUUGUCCAGCUCGGUGUUCCAUCAUUCCACAACGAAUCUGGAAAUUACUGGUUCCGGCUGCAUGCCUCGUUCGUUCCCGAUGAGCGUACUCACCCUGCCUACACGCUAAGCCUGUACCGCACAUACGAGGAUUUCUACGACUUCCAAAUCACUCUCCUUGACACCUUCCCGUCGGAGGCUGGUCGCCCACAGCCCGGCGACGACCAGGACAACCCUCCGCCCCGCAUCCUCCCCUUCAUGCCCGGCCCUGUCGACGAGCAGAUCGACGACGAGCUGACGGAAUACCGCCGCGACGAGCUCGACGCCUACGUCCGAGCACUCCUCGACCUCCGUAACAAGGGGGCUGGCUACAUUCUGCGGCACGAGUUGAUCCGGACGUUCUUCGCUGUCAAGUACGGCGACUAUUGCGAGGAGACGCCUCGCCAGGCCGCCAUCGACGAGCUCGAGGAGCGUCUCGGCGACAUGGGCUUCGAGAGCUCGGCGUCCAACAACUAUGCGCGGGCACGGACGGGGUCGCAGCAGUCGAGCGGUCUCGGUCACGUCCGGGCACCCAGCAACGAUGCCCCAGUCGUACACCUGGGCCACACGCGCAACCAGUCGAGCGGGGUGCACGGCGGCCCGAUCACGCAGUCUCCGUCGGCGAUGGCGAGCCCCUUCCCGGGUGCGAUGCACCAGUCGAACCACUCGCAAGGCGGCAGCGGCGCCGGCGGCAGGCAGCACCCCGCCGCGCAGAACAGCACGGGCAGCACCUCCUCUGGUCCCGUGCCCUUUGUCAAGAUCAAGAUCUACGACGGCACGACCGACGACCUCAUCGCGCUCCGCGUCCAGCGCAACGUCACCUACCUCGAGCUCAUGGACAAGGUGCACCAGCGGUUAGGACCCGACAUCAGCACGCUGCAGUACAAGGUUGGCGGGGGCCCUGUCGGCCCCAAUGGCGCCGGAGGGCAGAAUCGGCGUAUCAACAACGACCGCGACCUCGCCGACUGGAUGAAUACGGAGGACCAGAGGCUGAUCCUGUACGCGGAGCCGUGA